AUGGAGUCUCUAGACCCCACGGUCCUCCGAGAGCUCUCCCGACUUGACCCCGCGGUCCCUUUCCGCGCUUCCUCCGAGCAUCUCCAUCAUACCUGGGCGAAGACCUUCUUCUCGAGACCAGAGCUGUACAUCCAGCCUCAGUCAAUUCCCGAGAUCCAAAAGGUCGUGACGUUGGCCCGCCGUUGUCGCCGUCGUUUAGUCACCGUCGGAAGCGCCCAUUCUCCGUCCGAUUUGACAUGUACCUCAUCGUGGCUGGUCAAUUUGGAUCGCUUCAAUCGUGUCCUUGAGUUGUCGCCUGAGACUGGCGUGGUGACUGUCGAAGCGGGAAUUCGAUUGAGGGACCUGGGUGUAGAAUUGGAACGCCAUGGACUGACGCUGUCGAAUUUGGGUAGCAUCGAUGACCAGUCCUUAGCAGGUGUGAUCGCAACGGGGACUCACGGAAGCUCUUUGCGACACGGAUUAUUGUCAGAGUGUAUCAUCUCACUCACGCUGAUGUUAGCCAAUGGACAGCUGGUGCGCUGCAGCGAGACCACCAACCCAGACCUAUUCAGGGCUGCCCUGAUCUCGCUGGGUGCGCUUGGUAUCAUUGUCGAGGUGGCGUUUCAGGCCGAGCCGUCUUUCAAGAUCGCCUGGCGACAGACGCGACGGUCAUUGUCGAGCGUUCUGGCUGAGUGGUCGGCGGGACUCUGGACAUCACAUGAGUUUGUUCGCGUCUGGUGGAUGCCCUACCAACGAAGCGCCAUCGUCUGGCACGCCGACAAAACCGAUCUCCCGCUCCGCGACCCGCCAUCGACGUUCUAUGGGGGAAAGCUUGGGUAUCACAUCUACCACAACCUGCUGGCGCUAUCGAACUACUUUCCUCGGAUCCUUCCCUGGGUGGAGUGGCUUGUUUUCGGCCUGCAGUAUGGGUUCAAGGCGGAGUCCACUGUUACCGAGGCGGUCGAGCCAGCCCGUACGGGUCUUCUGAUGGAUUGCCUCUACUCGCAAUUUGUGAAUGAAUGGGCUCUUCCUCUGGAAAAGGGUCCAGAGGCGAUCAUCCGGUUGUCAGCCUGGCUGAAUGGUGACACAGAAACCGCUCGCAUUCCCUUUUCGCCUAAGGGGCUGUGGGUGCAUUGUCCGAUUGAAGUCAGAGUGUCUGACUCGACCCUUAACCAAAGGCCUCGCCCGUUCCUUGACCCCACCUGUCGCGACAGCCCAACACUGUAUCUGAAUGCAACCCUCUAUCGGCCAUAUCUCCGUGACCCUCCCUGCAGGGAUCGGUAUUACGAAGCAUUCGAGUGGCUGAUGCGGGAAAUGGGUGCAAAACCUCACUGGGCCAAGAACUUCACGGUAACGGGACGUCAUGAGUUGCGGGAAUCAUACGGCCAGGACAUGGAUGAAUGGCUAAAGGUGCGUCGCGAAGUGGACUCGGAGGGCAUGUUCCUUGGCGAAUGGCAUCGCCGUAAUCUCGCACUGCCUGGUGGCGAAACCGAGUCGGUGUCCGGCGAGCCCUCUGAACCUCCACUGCUGGAGCGCGAGAAAAUUCGCCGGAAGGCGAAUGUCCGCGGAGCUGGCGAUGGUAUGGAAUGGGUCGGCGAGAAUCGGAGACCAGCAAAUCUGACAUCGGAGUCUUCCACUUCCGUUGAAAGUCAAGAGAAGAAUGACCAUGGAUUCCAUGAUGUAACAGGCCAGAGCACACCCACUACAGCGGCUAGUGAGGAGAGCUUCGAUCUUCUUGCAACCGGCGAGGCCAGCGUUGUCCUGCCUAACAACCGCAUGUAG